CAGCUGGGGCUCAGCCUCAUCAAGUCUCCUUGGCUUUCCGGCUCCAGUCUCGGCCAGGCUGCAGGAAAAGCUGUCAGCCUGCUCUGUCCUGCAGAGCCCAGACCCUCUGCCUCGGUGGACGAGGCUGCGGGGAGAGGUGGAGACGGGCAGGAGGAAACUAUGCUUCUGGUCAAACGUGACUGAAGCCAGAAGCCAGGGACACACACCUUUAGGUCUGCUCAGGGUUCAUACUUGGUGCUUAGACAACUUCAGAAUGAGGAAACAUCGACAUUUGCCCUUGGUGGCCACCUUUUGCCUCUUUCUCUCAGGCUUUUCCACGACUUAUGCCCAAACAGAUGUCAAAAAUGGUGCCGCUGCCGAUAUAAUAUUUCUAGUGGAUUCCUCUUGGAGCAUGGCCAAGGAGCAUUUCCAGCUCGUUCGAGAAUUUCUGUGUGAUGUUAUAGAGUCUUUAGCUGUGGGAGAAAAUGAUUUUCAUUUUGCUCUGGUCCAGUUCAACGGAGACCCACACACUGAGUUCCUGUUAAACACGUAUGGUACUAAACAGGAAGUCCUUUCCCAUGUCUGCAACCUGUCCUAUGUCGAGGCCGGCAAUCAGACCGGAAAAGGAUUAGAGUAUGUAAUUCAGAAGCACCUCGCUGAGGCUGCUGGAAGCCGGGCUGCAGCCGGAGUCCCCCAGGUUAUCGUAGUGCUAACCCGCGGACCCUCGGAGGAUGGCUUCGCUCUGGCCCCAGCGGAACUUAAGUCAGCUGGCCUUAACGUGUUUGCAGUUGGAGUUGAGGAUGCAGAUGAAGGAGCCUUAAGAGAAAUAGCAAGCGAACCGCUCAAUACGCAUGUUUUCAACCUAGAGAACUUUACCUCCCUUCAUGACAUGGUAGGAAACUUAGUGUCCUGUGUGCACUCAUCUGUGAGUCCUGCAAGGGCUGCGGACACAGAGACCCUUAAGGACAUCACAGCACAAGACUCUGCUGACCUUAUUUUCCUUAUUGAUGGAUCAAACUACACCGGAAGUUCCCAUUUCGCAGUCAUUCUCGACUUCCUUGUAAAUCUCCUUGAGAGACUCUCAGUUGGACUCCAGCAGAUCCGAGUGGGGGUGGUCCAGUAUAGCGAUGAGCCCAGAACCAUGUUCUCCUUGGACACCUACUCCUCCAAGGCUCAGGUUCUGGCCGCAGUGAAGGACCUCAACUUCACUGGUGGGGAGCUGGCUAACAUUGGCCAGGCCCUUGACUUUGUGGUGGCGAAUCACUUCACCCGGGCAGGGGGCAGCCGAGUAGAGGAAGGGGUUCCCCAGGUGCUGGUCCUUAUAAGUGCUGGGCCUUCUAGUGACCAGAUCGACGAUGGGGUGGUAGCUCUGAAGCAGGCUAGCGUGUUCUCAUUCGGCCUCGGAGUCCAGGCCGCCUCCAGGGCAGAGCUCCAGCACAUAGCUACCGAGGAAAGCUUGGUGUUUACGGUCCCGGAAUUCCGUAGCUUUGGGGACCUCCAGGAGCAAUUACUGCCGUACAUUGUUGGUGUGGCCCAAAGGCACAUUGUGUUACAACCGCCAACCAUUAUCACACAAGUCAUCGAGGUCAACAAGAGGGACAUAGUCUUUCUGGUGGACGGCUCUUCCAAACUGGGACUGGCCAACUUCAAUGCCAUCCGAGACUUCAUCGGCAAAGUCAUCCAGCGGCUGGAAAUCGGACAGGACCUCAUCCAGGUGGCAGUGGCUCAGUAUGCAGACACUGUGAAGCCCGAGUUUUAUUUCAAUACCUACCCCAGUAAAAGAGAAGCCAUAAAUGCAGUUCGGAGAAUGAAGCCCAUGGAGGGUCCAGCCCUGAAUACGGGCUCGGCCUUGGACUUCGUUCGUGACAACCUGUUCACCAGCUCGGUUGGCUCCCGGGCUGCCGAGGGCAUCCCUAAGCUCCUGGUGCUAAUCACAGGGGGUAAGUCCCUUGACCCCGUCAGCCAGCCUGCCCAGGAGCUGAAGAGAAGCGGCAUCCUGGCUUUAGCCGUUGGGAACAAGGUUGCUGAUCCGGCCGAACUGGAAGAGAUUGCUUUCGAUUCCUCCCUGGUGUUCAUCCCCAAUGAGUUCCGAGCCGUUCCCUUGCAAGGCGUCCUGCCCAGCCUGCUCUCACCCCUCAGGACCCUCUCCGGAACCACUGAAGUUCACAUAAACAAAAGGGAUAUCAUCUUCCUUUUGGAUGGAUCAGUCAACGUUGGAAAAACCAACUUCCCUUAUGUGCGUGACUUUGUCAUGAAUCUAGUUAACAGCCUUGAUGUCGGAAGUGACAAUAUCCGUGUUGGUUUAGUGCAAUUUAGUGACACUCCCGUGACGGAGUUCUCUCUAGACACAUACCAGACCAAGGCCGAGCUGCUCGCUCACCUGCGGGGCUUGCAGCUGCAGGGCGGGACCGGCCUGAACAUGGGCGCAGCCCUCGGCUACGUCCAUGCCAACCACUUCACCGAGGCUGGUGGCAGCAGGAUCCGAGAACAUGUGCCGCAGCUGUUGCUCCUGCUCACGGCCGGGCAGUCUCAGGACUCCUAUUUGCAAGCUGCCAACCAGCUGGCACGUGCAGGCAUCCUGACUUUUUGUGUGGGGGCCAGCCGGGCAAAUAAGGCAGAGCUCGAGCAGAUUGCCUUUAACCCGAGCUUGGUGUACCUCAUGGAUGAUUUCAGCUCUCUGCCAACCCUGCCGCAGCAGCUGCUUCAGCCCCUCACCACUUACGUUAGCGGAGGGGUGGAGGAAGUGCCACUCGCCCAGCCAGAGAACAAGAGAGAUAUCCUGUUCCUUUUUGAUGGCUCUGCCAACCUCGUGGGCCAGUUCCCCGCUGUACGAGACUUUCUCUACAAGAUCAUCGACGAGCUGGACGUGAAGCCCGACGGGAUCCGGGUGGCCGUGGCCCAGUACAGUGAUGAUGUCCGGUUGGAGUCCCGCUUCAACGAGCACAUGACCAAGCCGGAGAUCCUGAACUUGGUGAAGCGGAUGAAGAUCAAGACAGGGAAGAUGCUGAACCUGGGCUACGCCCUGGACUUCGCGCAGAGGUACAUUUUCGUGAAGACCAUGGGCAGUCGCAUCGAGGAUGGAGUGAUGCAGGUGCUGGUGUUGCUGGUGGCGGGCAAGUCAUCGGAUUCUGUGGAUGUGCCUGCGAGGAACCUGAAGCAGAGUGGGGUGAUCCCUUUCGUCUUCCAAGCCAAGAAUGCGGACCCCGCCGAGCUGGAGCAGAUUGUGCUGUCUCCUGUGUUCAUCCUGGCUGCGGAGUCACUGCCCAAGAUUGGAGAGCUGCAGCCCCAGAUUGUGAACCUCUUAAAGUCAGCAUACGAUGGAGGAGGCCAGCCACCAGCUUCAGGUGAGAAGGAUGUGGUGUUCCUGAUUGACGGCUCUGAGGGCGUCCGGAGUGGCUUCGGGCUGCUGAAGGACUUCAUGGAGAGGCUGGUGCAGAGCCUGGAUGUGGGCCCCGACCGUGUCCGAGUCGCCGUGGUGCAGUACAGUGACCGCACUCGGCCUGAGUUCUACCUGAACUCCUUCAUGGAUCAACAGGGUGUCAUCAGCGCCAUCCGCAGACUGAGCCUGCUGGGCGGGCCAACGCCCAACACUGGGGCGGCUCUGGACUUUGUCCUGAAGAACAUCCUGACCAGAUCCGCGGGCAGCAGGAUGGAGGAUGGUGUCCCCCAGCUCCUGAUUGUGCUCACCGCUGAGAGGUCUGGGGAUGACGUGAGGGGCCCCUCAGCGGUGCUGAAGAGGGGUGGGGCGGUUCCCAUCGGCAUCGGCAUAGGCAACGCUGACAUCUCGGAGAUGCAGACCAUAUCCUUUAUCCCAGACUUUGCGGUGGCCAUCCCCAACUUCCGGGAGCUGGGGACUGUGCAGCAGGUUGUCUCUGAGAGGGUGAUCCAGCUCAGCCGCGAGGAGCUGAGCAGGCUGCAGCCCAUCUUUCCAGCCCCAACAAGCCCAGGUGGUAACAAGAGGGACGUGGUCUUUCUCAUCGAUGGGUCUCAGGCUGCCAGCCCGGAGUUCCAGUACAUCCGUGGCUUCAUCGAGAGGCUGGUGGACUACCUGGAUGUGGGUUUUGAUACCACACGGGUAGCGGUCAUCCAGUUCAGUGGGGACCCCAAGGUGGAGUUUCUGCUCAACGCACACUCCAGCAAGGACGAGGUGCAGAAUGCUGUGCGGCGGCUGCGGCCCAAGGGCGGCACCCAGGUCAAUGUGGGGAGUGCCCUGGAGUAUGUGUCCAGGAACAUCUUCAAGAGGCCGCUGGGCAGCCGAAUCGAGGAAGGUGUCCCUCAGUUCCUGGUGCUCAUCUCAUCGGGAAAGUCCAAUGACGAGGUGGACGACUCGGCAGUGGAGCUGAAGCAGUUUGGCGUGGCCCCCUUCAUAGUGGGCAGGAACGCAGACCGGGAGGAGAUGGUUAAGAUCUCGCUGAGCCCCGAGUAUGUGUUCUCAGUCAGCAGUUUCCGGGAGCUGCCCAGCCUGGAGCAGAGGCUGCUGACGCCCAUCACCACCCUCACGGCCCAGCAGAUCAGGCAGAUCCUGGCCAGCACCACCUACCCUCCGCCAGAGAGUGACGCUGCUGACAUCGUCUUCCUCAUCGACAGCUCCGACGGCGUUAGGAGCGAGGGGCUUGUGCACAUCCGAGACUUUGUGAGCAGGAUUGUUCAAAGACUCAGCAUUGGCCCCAGCAAAGUGAGGAUUGGCCUCGUGCAGUUCAGCAAUGAGGUUUUCCCUGAGUUCUUACUGAAGACCCACAGGUCCCAGGCUGCUGUGCUGGCCGCCAUCCGGCGUCUGAGAUUCCGGGGUGGAGCUCCGCUGAAUGUGGGCAAAGCUCUGGAGUAUGUGGCAAAAAAUCUCUUUGUCAAGUCUGCCGGGAGCCGGAUAGAAGAUGGGGUGCCUCAACACCUGGUCCUGCUUCUGGGUGGAAAAUCCCAGGACGAUGUUUCCGGUUUUGCCCGGAUCAUAACUUCCUCUGGGAUCGCAAGUUUAGGAAUUGGGAGCCGGAAUGUGGACCAAACAGAGCUGCAGAUGAUCACCAAUGACCCCAGGCUGGUCUUCACGGUGCGAGAGUUCAAAGACCUUCCCAGCAUAGAGGAGAGAGUCAUAGGCUCCUUUGGAUCCUCUGGGAUUACCCCAGCUCCCCCAGCAUUCACACCUUUUGUCUCAAGGCCAGAGAAGAAGAAAGCAGACAUCGUGUUCCUGCUAGACGGUUCCAUCAAUUUCAGGAGGGACAAUUUCCAGGAAGUGCUUCGGUUUGUGUCUGAAAUUGUGGACACAGUUUAUGAAGAAGGCGACUCCAUCCAGGUGGGGCUGGUCCAGUACAACUCCGACCCCACUGAUGAAUUCUUCCUAAAGGACUUUUCCUCCAAGAGGCAGAUCAUCGAUGCCAUCAACAAGGUGGUCUACAAGGGCGGGCGGCACGCCAACACCAGAGUGGGCCUGCAGCACCUGCAGCUCAACCACUUCAUCCCUGAGGCAGGCAGCCGGCUGGACCAGCGGGUCCCCCAGAUCGCCUUUGUGAUCACAGGGGGGAAGUCAGUGGAGGACGCUCAGGACGUGAGCCUGGCACUCACCCAGAGGGGUGUCAAAGUGUUCGCAGUGGGUGUGCGGAACAUCGACUCCGAGGAGGUCGGCAAGAUCGCGUCCAACAGUGCCACAGCCUUCCGAGUAGGGAACGUCCAGGAGCUGUCAGAGCUGAGUGAGCAAGUUCUAGAAACACUGCACGACGCGAUGCAUGAGACCCUGUGUCCUGGAGUGGCCGAUGUAUCCAAAGCCUGCAAUCUGGAUGUGAUCCUGGGGUUUGAUGGAUCCAGAGAUCAGAAUGUAUUUGCAGCGCAGAGGGGCUUCGAGUCCAAGGUGGAUACCAUCCUGAGCAGAAUCAGCCAGAUGCAGGCCAUCAGCUGCAGCGGCAGCCAGAUGCCCACUGUGCGCGUGUCGGUGGUGGCCAAUGGACCCUCCGGGCCGGUGGAGGCCUUCAACUUUGAUGAGUACCAGCCAGAGCAGUUUGAAAAGUUCCUCAGCAUGCGCAGCCAGCACCCCUACGUCCUCACGGCUGACACGCUGAAAAUCUACCAGAAUAAGUUCCGGCAGUCCUCGCCUGACAGUGUGAAGGUGGUCAUCCAUUUCACUGAUGGCGCAGACGGAGACCUGGCAGAUCUGCACAGAGCUUCGGAGGCGCUCCGAGAGGAAGGUGUCCACGCACUGAUCCUGGUGGGCCUGGAGCGUGUGGUUGACCUGGAGCGGCUGGCGCAUCUGGAGUUCGGGCGGGGUUUCCUGUAUGACAGGCCCCUGCGGCUCAACCUGCUGGACCUGGAUUACGAGCUGGCAGAGCAGCUGGACAAUGUUGCUGAGAGAGCCUGCUGUGGGGUUCCGUGCAAAUGCUCCGGAGAAAGAGGAGACCGAGGGCCCAUUGGUAGCAUCGGGCCAAAGGGCAUCUCAGGGGAAGACGGCUACCGGGGUUACCCAGGUGACGAGGGCGGACCGGGUGAGCGAGGUCCACCUGGUGUGAAUGGCACUCAGGGCUUCCAGGGCUGCCCAGGCCAGAGAGGAGUGAAGGGUUCUCGAGGUUUCCCAGGAGAGAAGGGUGAACUUGGUGAGAUCGGGCUGGACGGGCUGGACGGCGAGGACGGAGACAAGGGGCUACCUGGGACUUCAGGAGAGAAGGGAAACCCUGGACGGAGGGGUGACAAAGGACCUACAGGAGAUAAAGGAGCGAGAGGAGAUGUGGGCAUCCGAGGUGACCCGGGUGACUCAGGACUGGACAGCCAGCAGAAAGGACCCAAAGGAGAGACCGGCGACAUUGGCCCCAUGGGUCUCCCUGGGAGAGAUGGCGUGUCAGGAAGUCCCGGAGAACCUGGAAAGAGCGGUGGCUUUGGCCGAAGGGGACCCUCAGGAGCUAAGGGCAACAGGGGCGGUCCUGGCCAGGCUGGCUUCCCGGGAGAGCAGGGCACCAGAGGAGCACAGGGCCCCCCUGGCCUCAUCGGUCCUCCAGGUCUGAGUGGGGAACAAGGCAUCCCUGGACCGCGGGGAGGUGGAGGAAUUGUCGGAGCUCCCGGAGAACGAGGCAGAGCCGGUCCCUUGGGAAGGAAGGGUGAGCCCGGAGAUCCAGGACCCAAGGGAGGACUGGGGAACCCAGGCCCUCGUGGGGAGACGGGAGACGAUGGGCGAGACGGAGUGGGCAGCGAAGGUCGCAGAGGCAAAAAGGGAGAAAGAGGAUUCCCGGGAUACCCAGGGCCAAAGGGUACACCUGGUGAACCUGGAGCGGAUGGAGGACCAGGACCCAAAGGCAUCAGAGGGCGAAGGGGAAAUUCAGGACCUCCUGGGAUAGUUGGACAGAAGGGAGACCCUGGCUAUCCAGGGCCAUCUGGUCACAAGGGCAACCGCGGCGACUCCAUCGAUCAAUGUGCGCUCAUCCAAAGCAUCAAGGAUAAAUGCCCCUGCUGCUAUGGGCCCCUGGAGUGUCCUGUCUUCCCCACGGAGCUCGCCUUUGCCCUGGACACCUCAGAGGGCGUCACCCAGGACAUCUUCAGCCGCAUGCGUGACAUGGUCCUGAGCAUCGUGGGCAACCUGACCAUUGCUGAGAGCAACUGCCCCAGAGGGGCCCGUGUGGCCGUGGUCACCUACAACAACGAGGUGACCACAGAGAUCCGGUUUGCGGACUCCAGGAGGAAGUCGGCCCUGCUGGACAGCAUUAAGAACCUGCAGGUGGCCCUGACGUCCAAGCAGCAGAGCCUGGAGACUGCCAUGUCCUUCGUGGCCAGGAACACAUUCAAGCGGGUGCGGAGUGGAUUCCUGAUGCGGAAGGUGGCCGUCUUCUUCAGCAACAGGCCGACAAGGGCCACCCCUCAGCUGCGCGAGGCCGUGCUCAAGCUGUCGGAUGCGGGUAUCACGCCUCUGUUCCUCACCAGCCAGGAGGACCGGCCGCUCGUCAAUGCUCUGCAGAUCAACAACACGGCGGUGGGGCACGUGCUCGUCCUGCCUGCGAGGAACGACCUCAGCAACUUCCUGAAGAAUGUCCUCACGUGUCACGUGUGCUUGGACAUCUGCAACAUUGACCCAUCCUGUGGAUUUGGCAGCUGGAGGCCUUCCUUCCGGGACAGGAGAGCAGCGGGCAGCAACUCAGACAUAGAUCUGGCCUUCAUCUUGGACAGCUCGGAGACCACCAGCCUGUUUCAGUUCAACGAGAUGAAGAAGUACAUUGGCUAUGUGGUCAGGCAACUGGACCUGAGCCCUGACCCUGGGGUCUCCCAGCACUUGGCCAGGGUGGCCGUGGUGCAGCACGCCCCCUCUGCGACCCUGGGCAAUGCCAGCGCACCACCUGCGCGGGUGGAGCUGUCCCUGACAGACUACGGCUCCAAGGAGAAGCUGCUGGCCUUCCUGGGCCGUGGAGUGAGGCAGCUGCAGGGAACCAGGGCCCUGGGCAGCACCAUUGAGUACACUAUCCAGAAUGUGUUUGAAAGCACGACAAACCCCCGGGACCUGAAGGUCCUGGUGCUGAUGCUGACGGGUGAGGUUCGGGGCGAGGAGCUGGAGGUGGCCCAGAGAGCCAUCCUGUGGGCCAAGUGCAAGGGCUACUUCUUCGUGGUCCUGGGCAUCGGCCGCAAGGUGAACGUUAAGGAGACAUAUGGCUUCGCCAGCGAGCCCAACGACGUCUUCUUCAAACUUGUGGACGAUUCCACCGAGCUCAAUGAGGAGCCGCUGCUGCGCUUCGGGAGGCUCUUACCAUCCUUUGUGGGCAGUGAGAAUGCGUUCUACUUGUCCCCUGACAUCAAGAAACAGUGCGAUUGGUUCCAAGAGGACCAACCAGCAAAGAAUGGUGUGAAGUUUGGUCACAAACAAGUAAAUGUCCCAAAUAACGUUACUUUAAGCGUUACGACUAAGCCAAUGACCAUAACGAAGCCGGUGACCACUACCACAAAGUCAGCAACUAUCGUGAAUCUGCCGUCUGCUAAGCCAGCCCCUGCAAACCCAGCUGCCUCGAAGCCCGUGGCUGUAAACCCAGCUGCUAUGAAGCCCGUGGCUGCGAACCCAGGUGCUGUGAAGCCUGUGGCUGUGAGCCCAGGUGCUGAGAAGCCCGUGGCUGCGAAUCCAGGUGCUGAGAAGCCCAUAGCUAUGAACCCAGGUGCUGCAAAGUCCGUGGCUGCAAACCCACCUGUCUUGAAGCCUGUGGCUGGAAAUCCAGCUGCUGCAAAGCCUAUAUCUGCCCAGCCUGUGGCCACAAACACAGUCACGGUCAGACCUGCGGUAGUAGUGAAGCCAGUGGCUGCAGCAAAGCCUGCAAAAGCACAGCCAGCAGCUGUGAGACCCCCGCCCCCUCCGGCAAAGCCAGCUUCCACUAAGCCGGAGGCCCUCAGGAUGCAAGCCAAGCCAGCCUCGGCCACCAAACCAGAGGCUUCCCGGCCACAGGCCAAACCAACAGCCCUCAAGCCAGCUGCUGCUAAUCCCAUGGUGAAGCCGGUGCCUGAAGUCCAGGUGUCUGAGGUCACAGAGCACAGCGCCAGACUCCGCUGGGAGAGGCCUGAGCCCCCCAGUUCUUACUUUUAUGAUCUCACUGUCACCUCUGCCCACGAUCAGUCCCUGGUUCUCAGGCAAAACCUCACAGUUACUGAGCGUGUCCUCAGUGGCCUGCGGGCUGGACAGACGUACUACGUGGUGGUGGUCUGCUACCUGAGGUCGCAGGUCCGCGCCGUCUUCCGUGGCACCUUUAGCACGAAGAAAUCUCAGCCUCCACCUCCACCACCAGCAAGGCCAGCUUCUAGUGCAAGCAUCAAUUUAGUGGUGAAAACAGAACCCUUGGCUUUUACUGGAACAGAUAUCUGUAAGUUGCCCAGGGAUGACGGGACUUGCAGGGAUUUUGUGCUAAGGUGGUACUAUGACACGAAGACUGAGAGCUGUGCGAGGUUCUGGUAUGGAGGGUGUGGAGGAAAUGAAAACAGAUUCGACUCACAGCAGAACUGUGAAAAGCUCUGCGCUUCUGGCUCAGCACUCCCCAAACCCGGAGUCAUCAAUGUGAUGGGAACCUAGGCAUGACUGGCCACAGCACAUACCUCUGAAGGAGAAGGAGGCAGCCAUGGCAACCAAGUCUUCAUCUUCGUCUCUGCAGAAGGCCCGGGUCCAUUCCCUGGCUCUGUGCUUUGAUUGUCACUCAGACCCGGAAAGGAAGCCUUCUGCCGCGAGACCUGUCAAUUUGGUGCUAAACGUGUCUGUGGACCCUGGCUCUCUGUCUCCAGGCAGUUACGUCAUGUACUUUGAAUGUUGUGUAAUCGUUAGCCCCUGCUGGUGUGUAUGUGAGCACCCCGUCAGUUUCAGUGCCGCAGAGUUCGUGUUUUGCCCAUUCUGGGCAAUGCAAGGUCUAGAAAUCAGCCCCCCUGUGCCCAGCACCUCUAUAUACUCCCGCUUGGUUCAUCCCUUAGUUACGUACUGCUUUAGAUCGAGAAACCAGAGUCCCACACUUUCAGCCCCCUGCCCUCACCGUUUCUUUCCGGGAUGAGGCUUUGGGCUAAUUUUUCUUUUUCUAAACCCUAUGACAAAUGAUCUCGUCAGGAGGAAGCAGUGUCCCUUGACCUGUGUGCACUGUUGGGACCAAAGCCUCAAUUACAGAAUUCGAAAAAAGCCGUGAGACAUAAUAUUUUUGGCAUUCCUCUAAUUUUUUUUUGAGGGAGGGGGAUGGGGUUUAAUUUUAAUUUUAAAAAUUUUAGGAAAUUUAUACAAAGAAACUUUUUAAUAAAGUAUAUUGGAAAGUGG